AUGAGCCAGUAUACUCUGCCUCAUAGACAGCAGCAACAGCAACCGCAACCGCAACAGCAGCGGCAGACGCAUGCCCCGUCGCGACCGCUAGGCCCAGUUCUUGGAGUGCGCCGUUUCGGGCGCAACGACUUUGAGCGCUUCGACCAGGAGGCCGCGCGUGGAUCGCAUCUUUGCGUCGGCUCAACCACCAUCGGCAAGGUCGACAUCGACUGCAAGUACCAAUGGAAGAAGGCGAAAUGGGGCGUCCUGGGCGUCGAGAAGCGGCCCGCGGGCGUCGUCUACAUGGACAUUACCUUUAAGCAGCCGCACGGGUGGUGGCUCCAGAACGCGAGCGUCUUCGUCACCGUGAGCGAGGACAAGUCGUCGUAUGCGCUCGUCGCGCGGCGCAAAGAGCGCGCAGAGCAGGCAGACCUCGCCUCCGACUACGCGGUGCAGAUUACAGACUACUUUGGUCCGAGGUUCCUUACGGGGACCAAGACGGUGCGCAGCGAGAGUCGGCGCAUGAAGUUUACGCCCACGAUGGGCGGCCCGGGCGUGGAGGUAGGGGGCAUGGGCUAUGAGUCGAUCAGCUCGCACGAGAAAGUCGGCCGAUGGGUGUUCAAGGGUAACGUCGGCAAGCCAAAAGGCCGAGACGGACUGCGGACGCUGCAUUGGGAGCUGACCGAGAACUGCCUCGACCCGGAUCAGGCGCACAGCCAAGAGUUCCGUACGGCGUUCGCAUUCGAGCACAGUCGGCGACCGGUAUACCUGCGAGUCGAGAUGGAGGGCCGGCUGCUCAGCAAGGGGCAGCAGCUGAAGCACGGCAUGAAGCGCUUCUCAUCGCACGGGCUCGGCCGAAAAGACGAUUCGACACUCAUGCACAUCGACUUUGGCAGAGACUUUAUGUUCGAGAGGAGCCUCGAUGCGAUCGCGCAGGGGUUGGACAUGACGAUGCAGAUGGAGAACCUACAAAAGGCACCGGUCGAGACGCCUGACCCGACGCCAGCCAAAUUCACCGCCGACACGAAAACAUCGGGGCUGGGACCUGGCAUUGGGUCUGGCAGACUGGGUGUCAUUGAGGAGCGGCACGAGCCGCCGCAGCAAACGAGCUACCACACCACGAAGCAACAGGACGCGCUGCUACGACUUCUCACACAAACAACGGAGGACCGUCGGCCGAUAAGCCAAGCUCCGCGGGCGACGAUAAAGAUCGAAGAGAUGGAAGAGACUCUGGUGGUGCUCGAGAGCAGCCGUGAGGCCGAGGGUCCAGACACAGAGUCAGUGGACACGGAAGAAUUGGCACCAGUCGCCACCAACAACACCCCCGCACGAUACCAAAGCGCAGACGAGGCGUUGCUAGAGAUGCUCAAGAUCCCCGCGAUACUGUAUAUCCUGCGGGUGUUUGUCAUGAUCACGAGCGCAUUCAGCAAGCUUCCGCAAAGUGGCGGUGGCGGCAGACAGCCAACACCAAACAAUACCAGGAGGGUCAAGCCGCAGGCGGCAGCAAAUGGACGCUACGUGACGAUCGGCGGCGGCGGCGGCGGCAAAAUGUUCGACGCCGACGGCCCGUUUCGACUUGACGGCGCAAGGGUCGAGGGGACGCUGCCGGGGCUGUCGAAGAGGUUGGUGAGCUCUCAGGCGGCUGAGAGGCAAGCGAACGGAUUCUUGCAGCGAGGACAGCAGACGCGGAUACGAAGCUGGUGA